CUUCACAGGAAAUCCCUAAACACAAGCCCACCACAUCCUUCUCACUACGAAUCUCUCUCUCUCUCUCAAGUUCUCAACACCACCUCAUCCUUCUCUUCACAAAUCUCUCUCUUGCUCUCUUCUUCACUUGUAAUCCUAUACUUGUUCCUUAAUCCACGCUUUAUUGCUCUUUCCUCCAUCAAUUUCAGGUCCACAUCAAAAGCAACUUUUUCUCUGAACCCUGACUUCUCUCGUAAAUCCCUCAGCUUCCGGAAAAGAUUAUUCCGGAAUCGCUUCUUGUUCUGAAGAAAGAUUUUCACUUUGUUCUUCUGGAAACGUCGGUUGACUCCGGGAUUUUCAAUUUUCUGCAAGUGCGUUUUGAUCUAAGAGGUCUGAUUCGAUUCUGGGUUUCCGAGAAGUCGGUCAAUUUCCGAGAAAGUAAAGAGACGGAGAGAGGAUGAAAAGAGGGAGAGAUGACGAGAAGAUCAUGGGGCCUAUGUUCCCAAGGCUUCAUGUCAAUGAUACGGAGAAAGGAGGGCCAAGAGCACCUCCAAGGAAUAAAAUGGCUCUCUAUGAACGGCUAAGUAUUCCCUCUCAGCGGUUCAAUCCCGGGGUCUUGCCUCUUAACCACACAGAUAACACUAGCAGCCCGGUAUACCCAGCAUCGUCAAGCCAGGGAAAUGGCCUUGAAAGAAAUUACAACUUUCCACUUCAUGUACCUCCAUCAAUACCCACACAUCAGGGUGAGAAAUUGCCUGUUCACCGUUCUGAAGGAUCAGGUUUGAAUAAUUCAUUGGCACAACUUGAGCAGAGAAAGAAGGUAGGAGAUGAAGAUGAUUUUAUUGUUCCUAUAUUUGUUCAAUCAGGGACUGGGCAAUCCCAUAGUAAAACUCUGAACAGUAAUGAUAGGGAAAAAAUUGCCUCCUUCAGCCCUACCUAUUAUGGUUGUUCCACAAAACACCCAAAAGAUUGUGGUAAGAAUCCCAAGUUGAUUACCUCCCCACAUAUAAAUUUGGGACAAGAAGUAAGAUGUGAGAGUGAAGGGGACCCAAGAUUGAGAGUUUCAAGUCAUUCUGUACUAUCUGCAACAGAUCUGUCAACCAGAGAAAAGUUUGAAGGGCUCGUAAAGGAAACUAAGGCAGCUCCAGAUCAGGAGUAUCGAGAUUUCCCUGUGACUAACAUAAGCAGUUCAUAUGAUAUUGAUGCUUCUUUACAACAAGAGUUCAGAACCAGGUCACAGCUGGUUGACACUGGAUUUGCUGAUUCUGUAAGGGAUGAAGACGAUGGAAAAGUUGCCCACCCAAGGAGCAUCACUCACUUGGGGGAGGUGAAUAGCAGUCCCAAUGAGCCUAAUAAUGGCAAUGAAUAUUGUAGAGACAGGACAAAUGUGUCACUACAAGUGGGAAAUGUAGACAGAAGUGAUGAUGUUUCGGAGACCUCAAUGGUAGAUUCGAUAACAGGCUUUGAUAUCUCUCCAGAUGAUGUUGUGGGGAUAAUAGGUCAGAAACAUUUCUGGAAAGCGAGAAAAGCUAUUGUCAAUCAGCAAAGAGUGUUUGCAGUGCAAGUAUUUGAGCUGCAUAGACUGAUAAAGGUCCAACAACUGAUUGCUGGAUCACCGCAUGUUUUGCUUGAAAAUGGUGCUUUUCUUGGCAAACCUUCAUUGAAGGACUGUCCUGCAAAGAAACUUCCAUCCAAGUAUGUUGUAAAACCGCCAUCAUACAUUUCAAAGUGCAAAGACAAUUCCGAGAAGGAAAACCAUAAAAUGGAACGUUCUGCAGAAAAUGCAGUUGGGAAGACAUCUGUUUCUUCCGCUAAAAAUGGCAAUCAGCCUUCAAAUUGUGGGCAUUUUCUUGGAAACUCGCAGCCAGUUCCUGUGGCUACUGAUAAUAAAAUGGGUUCAUGGUCCUUCCAUCAGUCACCUGGAAAUCAAUGGUUAAUCCCUGUAGUCUCUCCAUCUGAAGGACUCAUAUACAAGCCAUAUCCUGGGCCUGGGUUUAUGGGAACUGCUUGUGGGGGAUAUGGACCUUUCAGCCCGGCUCCCUUGACGGGAAACUUUAUGAAUUCAGCAUAUGGGGGGGUUCCAACUCAUCCUUAUCAUCAAGGAAUUGGUAAUCUUCCCAAUACUUCUCUAGUUGGUCAGACUUACUUCCCUACAUAUGGCAUGCCAGUCAUGCACCCGGCCAUGCCAGGUUCAGGUGUUGAACAAGUUAACCAAUAUGCUGGACCUGGCUUACAUGGUCAAACUCAGGUCUCUGUUGGCGGAGCCAACUCUAACAUGCAGCAUCAGAGCUCAUGUAACAUGCCAAAUAGUACAAAUGGAGCUAGUCCACAAGUUGGUAAGUUUCAGGCUGCAAAAGACGGUGAAUUGCAAGGAAGCACAGCAAGUAGUCCAUGCGAGAGACCGCAAGGUGUUGGGACAGGUUACACUUCCAAGGGGGAAGAUGCACUUCCACUUUUUCCUAUGGCUUCAGUAGUCCCAGAGGCAGCUCCUCAGCUUCAUGAGACUGACCAAACAGCGCGAGUGAUCAAAGUUGUGCCACAUAAUCCUAGAACUGCUACUGAGUCAGCAGCUCGAAUUUUCCAAUCCAUUCAAGAAGAGAGAAAGCAGUAUGACUCAGCGUAGCUCAUUUUUGCUAAUCACCUGCGAGUUAAUGAUCUUGGGCUCAUCUUAAGCUGGUGUGGUGCUUGGUCAUUUCCUCUGUAGUUUUUUGUUAUGAUAUUUGUAAUGGGCUUCUCUAUAUUUCAGUGUCGUGACCUAGUUUUUUUCCUUUCUUUUUUUUUUUCUUGUUAAGUGUAGUGACCUGUUAUACAGUAUAUUCAUAUGUUGAUAAGUUUCUGGAGAAUCAAUACCUUUUGAAUAUAUGUUGUCUUUCUCAA